GCCGCCGUCGCCGACGCCGCCGCCCGCCGCCGCCUCCGCCGCUGACGCCGCCCGCCGAGACGAUGAGCACCGGCGGUGGGCCCGCUUCGCCGGCGCCGCCAGAGACGCUGGCGCCCGCGUGCCGGCAGCUGCGGCAGGGCACCAGCAUGACGCUCUUCCAGCAGAAGAAGUCGCAGCGUCCCGAGAGAAAGACCUUCCAGGUGGUGGGCGAGACGCGGCAGGUGGUCUGGUGGAGCCGUUCGCCGGACAAGACGGAGGGGAUAGUUGACAUUCGCGAGAUCAAAGAGAUCAGGCCGGGGAAGAACUCCCGUGACUUUGAGCGGUACCAGGACGAGGCCCGGAAGGUGGACGCUUUGCUGUGCUUCGUCGUUCUCCAUGGCACCGAGUUCCGCCUCAAGACCCUCAGCAUCGUCGCCGACAGCAAGGAGGAGGCCUCCGUUUGGGUGACGGGACUCAACUGGCUCCUGACGGACACUCUCUGGGCUCCGACCGCGCUGCAGAUCGAAAGGUGGCUGAGGAAGCAGUUCUACGCGAUGGACAGGGAACCGGGGAAAACGGGUGCGUCCGCGUCACCGCGGUUCUCGCGUUAUCGCCCAGGCGUGUCGGGUACCAUCCGAGCGGAUCGGGCGGUCAGUCGGUUGGCCCGCGGGUCGGCCGCGGGUCGGCCGUCGGUCGGUCGGUCACGGGUCAACCGUCAGUCGGUUGGCCGAUGGUCGGCCGCGUGUCGGCGGUCGGUUGGCCGAUGGCCGGCCACGGGUCGGCCGGCCGUCGGUCAGUCGGUCGGUCGACCGUCGGUCCGUCAGUCGGUCAAUCGGCCGCGGGCCUGCCUCGGGCUGGCCGCGGGUCGGGCCGUCAGUAUGCCGGCUAGCCAGGGUGUGGCAAGUUCUGGCCUGUUUUAUGUUUCCCAUGAAAUCGCCGGUUCCGAGACCCCAUAGGUUUUGUGAAUAUCCGACCUAAAGGGGGCGGAUACGAGGUGGGGGGAGGGGUGUACGUUUGUGUGUCACAGGCUGGCAAGGUGCCCGGCGUCUCUUCUUGAAGUGGGUUCAUUCGGUUUGCUCUAAUUCGUUGUCGUGGAGAGGCGGUAGUGGGGGCCAGGGGUACAGCUGGGGGAGGGGGUUUAACCAUUGAACAGGAAAAGGUUUUGAGAAGCGGGCCGUGGUCGUCGGUGGGCGGCCGCGCGAUUGGCGGUCAGUGUGUACC